UUCCGCAAAGCAUUGCUAUUGGGAUCGUUAAACAGUUUUAUUCUAAACAGCAUUCCUGUUGUUGUCACUGUUGUUUCAUUUGGUAUGUUCACUUUGCUUGGAGGAGAUCUAACACCUGCAAGGGCAUUCACGUCUCUUUCACUGUUCGCGGUGCUUCGGUUUCCCUUAUUUAUGCUUCCUAAUAUUAUAACUCAGGUGGUCAAUGCUAAUGUGUCGUUAAAACGUCUGGAGGAGCUAUUGUUAGCUGAUGAGAGAGUUCUUUUACCAAAUCCUCCUCUUGAGCCAGGAUUGCCGGCCAUAUCAAUCAGAAAUGGGAACUUCUCUUGGGAUUCAAAGGCAGAGACUCCAACAUUAUCAGAUAUCAAUUUGGAUAUUCCUACUGGUAGCCUAGUUGCAAUUGUUGGAAGUACAGGGGAAGGAAAGACCUCGCUUAUAUCUGCAAUGCUGGGAGAACUUUCUCCAAUAUCAGAGGCUAGAGUUGUUCUUAGAGGGACAGUUGCUUAUGUUCCACAAAUGUCAUGGAUUUUCAAUGCAACCGUACGGGACAACAUAUUAUUUGGGUCUCCUUUUGAAUCGGCAAGAUAUGACAGAACAAUAGAUGUAACUUCGUUGCAACAUGACCUUGAAUUACUGCCUGGCGGAGAUCUCACUGAGAUUGGUGAAAGAGGUGUGAAUAUUAGUGGUGGGCAGAAGCAAAGGGUUUCCAUGGCUAGGGCUGUAUAUUCCAAUUCAGAUGUUUACAUAUUUGAUGACCCCCUGAGUGCUUUGGAUGCUCAUGUGGCUCGGCAGGUUUUUGAUAGAUGUAUUAAGGGAGACUUAAGGGGGAAAACAAGGGUUCUUGUCACAAACCAGCUGCACUUCCUUUCACAGGUUGAUAGGAUAAUAUUGGUCCAUGAAGGUAGGGUGAAAGAGGAGGGAUCCUAUGAGGAUCUCUCUCAUAAUGGUGCAUUGUUCCAAAGGUUGAUGGAAAAUGCGGGAAAAAUUGAAGAGUAUGGAGAAGAAAAGGGAGAGAGUGAGGGGGUUGAUAAUCAAUCCUCAAAACCUGUUGCUAAUGGAGUAACAAAUGAUCUGCCAAAGGAUGCAAGCCAGACAAAGAAACCUAAAGAAGGAAAAUCUGUUCUCGUUAAGCAGGAGGAACGAGAAACAGGUGUUGUAAGUUGGGGCGUGGCAAUGAGAUAUAAGGAUGCAUUAGGAGGUGCAUGGGUGGUGUCAAUACUUCUGCUAUGCUAUUUUCUAACGGAACUCUUACGAGUUUUAAGUAGCACAUGGUUGAGUACUUGGACUGAUCAAGGGUCGACAAAGACUCAUGGACCUGGUUACUACAAUGGGAUCUAUGCUCUUCUAUCAUUUGGUCAGGUUUUGGUUACAUUGACCAAUUCAUAUUGGUUAAUCAUUUCAAGUCUCUAUGCAGCUAAAAGGUUGCAUGAUGCUAUGCUUACUUCCAUACUAAGAGCUCCUAUGGUCUUCUUCCACACCAAUCCUCUUGGGCGGAUUAUUAAUAGAUUCGCGAAGGAUCUGGGAGACAUAGAUCGAAGUGUGGCUGUCUUUGUUAACAUGUUUCUAGGACAAGUGUCACAGCUUCUUUCUACAUUUGUCUUGAUAGGAAUUGUGAGCACAAUGUCUCUGUGGGCCAUCAUGCCACUUUUGGUUUUAUUUUAUGGGGCCUAUCUCUAUUAUCAGAGCACAGCUCGUGAAGUGAAGCGAAUGGAUUCUAUAACCAGAUCACCUGUUUAUGCUCAAUUUGGAGAAGCACUGAAUGGUCUGUCAACAAUUCGUGCAUACAAAGCUUAUGAUCGGAUGGCUAAUAUUAAUGGAAAAGCUAUGGACAAUAAUAUCAGGUUUACUCUUGUGAAUAUGAGUGCAAAUCGCUGGCUAGCAAUCCGAUUGGAAACACUAGGUGGCAUCAUGAUUUGGUUCACUGCAACAUUUGCUGUCAUGCAGAAUGGAAGGGCAGAGAACCAACAGGCCUUUGCAUCUACCAUGGGUUUGCUUCUCAGUUAUGCUUUAAAUAUUACGGGUUUGUUAACAGGUGUUCUUAGACUUGCAAGUUUGGCUGAAAAUAGUCUAAAUGCUGUUGAGCGGAUUGGCACAUAUAUAGAUUUGCCUUCGGAAGCUCCACUUAUUAUUGACAGCAAUCGUCCUCCCCCAGGAUGGCCUUCAUCAGGAUCAAUUAAAUUUGAAGAUGUUGUUCUACGUUACAGGCCUGAACUUCCUCCAGUUCUACAUGGAUUGUCUUUUAGAAUCUCUCCAAGUGACAAGGUUGGGAUAGUUGGAAGGACUGGUGCUGGGAAAUCAAGCAUGUUGAAUGCUUUAUUCCGCAUUGUGGAACUGGAAAGAGGAAGAAUAUUGAUUGAUGACUGUGAUAUUACAAAGUUUGGAUUGAUGGACCUGCGUAAAGUACUUGGCAUCAUACCACAAUCACCUGUUCUUUUCUCAGGAACGGUGAGAUUCAAUCUUGAUCCUUUCAAUGAACAUAAUGAUGCUGACCUCUGGGAGGCCUUAGAGAGAGCACACCUGAAGGAUGUCAUACGAAGGAAUUCUCUUGGUCUUUAUGCUGAGGUUUCAGAGGCUGGGGAGAAUUUUAGUGUUGGACAGAGGCAGUUGUUAAGUCUUGCUCGAGCAUUGUUGCGGAGGUCAAAGAUACUUGUCCUUGAUGAAGCAACUGCAGCUGUUGAUGUUAGAACUGAUGCUCUCAUCCAAAGGACUAUUCGAGAAGAAUUUAAGACUUGUACAAUGCUAAUAAUUGCUCAUCGACUCAAUACCAUCAUUGACUGUGACAGGAUUCUUUUGCUCGAUUCUGGCCGGGUUCUCGAAUAUGAUACUCCAGAGGAACUGCUGUCAAAUGAAGAAAGUACUUUCUUUAAGAUGGUUCAGAGCACAGGGUCUGCCAAUGCUCAAUAUUUACGGAGCUUAGUACUUGGAGGAGAUGGAGAGAACAGGUUGCAAAAGGAAAACAAAAAGCCAUCGGAUGGACAGAGGAGAUGGUUAGCAUCUUCACGGUGGGCUGCUGCUGCUAAGUUUGCUCUUGCUGUGAGCCUCACCUCAUCACAGAAUGACCUUCAACGUUUGGAAAUUGAGGAUGGCAACAAUAUCCUGAAGAAAACAAAGGAUGCAGUUAUAACGUUACAGGGAGUUCUGGAAGGGAAGCAUGACAAAGAAAUUGAAGAGUCCUUGGAUGAAUAUCAUAUAUCUAGAGAUGGAUGGUGGUCAGCUCUUUACAGAAUAAUUGAAGGUCUCUCUAUGAUGAGAAGAUUCUCUCAGAGCAGGUUUCAACAAUCAGAUUAUGGUAUGGAAGACAGGUCAAUCAACUGGGACGGUGUUCAGACAUAGAUAGAUAGAUAAAGAGAGAGAGAGAGAGAGAGAGAGCGAUUCCGUGGGCAGAGCAUUCUUUUCUUCGGAUGUUGAGUAUGAUAUAAAUUUAUCAGAUAUUUUUGGGUGCAUAUAGGUUUCAGUCACUACAUUUUAAGAUGCUUCCAUUCUUGUACAUUAGAUUCUGCAGGUAAUAGUUGUCCACCAACUGAAUUUUACCAUUUCUUGGGGAUUUCUUUUUGUUGCAUAUCAUAAAAAUUUCUACCAACAACUGUAGAAAAUGCUAGUUGUGAAAUUUCAGUAUCUAAAUUAACUAAUCAACAUUGGCACGUGCA